CAAUUUUCUCAAUCAAAUGUCUCAAUCAUUAAAAAUUCAUGCUGAAUAACGCAAGUUCUAUGUUAUGAAUCAAGUGAAUGAACUUGAAGCCCUAUUUCAUAAAUGGAUCAACUCUCAUAAUCUGAGUGAAGAACAUAACCAAUCAUCUUAAAUAGAAGAAUAAGCCACUCAAAGCUAGACAGCUACAUAUAUUUCUCAUUUUUAAGGUUUCUUAACUUACUUACGUUAACUAAAUAAUGAUUAAUUGGAAUGUCAUACUAUUAAAUCUCUUUAAUAGCACUUUGAUUAUAUGCAAUAGGUUCUAGAGAAUGAAGUUAAGCUCUAUUAGUAAAGAUAAAUUCUCAAAGAUCAAAAUCAAUAAGACAAGAAAAAAGGUCAUAAGUUUACCAAAAAGUCCAAUCUCAUUCUUAAAGGCUGGUUAUAUAAACAUUUUUCAUACCCUUAUCCUACAAAAGAAUAAACAAUUUAAUUAGCUGAGAAAUGCAAUCUUACAUGCAAAUAGGUAACUAAAUAUUUAAGAAUUAGAUUUAAAUCUGGUUUAUUAAUGCUAGAGGUAGAAUAUCUAAUAAAACUUACGAGGAAAAGAAAUUUAAAAAUAUUGUAANUACUCUAUUCUGUUUUAGCUCUUAUCAUAUGUUUAAAUAUAAUUAUUUAAUUUAUCAUAAGAAAAUACUUUAUUGA